AUGUCACCGAACGAGAAUCAUCUGUGUUACUUUAUUCAACUGCUAGAGCGACAACUGUGGAAGCGGAAGCAUGUGAACGUGCUCCAAUUCAAAGUCAACUCCUCCAUCUACACCACUCUAAUUACAAUUUACAAAGCAGCAAAGACAUUUCUUCCUCAUGAUUCAGUUGUGGAAUAUCUAAUUCCAAUGAUGUUACGAUCACCAAAAAUCCAAUUUAUCGCUCUUCUGCUAAUCAGUCUUGGAAGCCAAGUAAUCUCAGAUGCCUUUGAUCAUCGCUACAGUAAUGGAGAUACAAUCCCCAUCUAUGCCAAUAGAGUUGGUUUAUACUCUAAUCCUAUGGAAGCAUAUGAUUAUUACGAUCUUCCCUUUUGUUCUACAGAUGCUGUGAAAAAGAAGGUUAAUCUAAAUGAGCUUUUGGCUGGAGGGCAUCUUGUUCCAACUCCAUAUAAGGUUGAAUUCCGUGUGGACAAAGUGUUGGAGUUAUUAUGCAACAAGAGACUCAAUAAAUCAGAUGUUUCUCAGUUUCGUAGUGUGGUACAGAAAGAUUAUUACAUGCAUUUGUAUUGUGACGACUUGAAAAUUCAGGGUUUUGUUGGAAGGGUUGAAAGCGAUCAUAGAGAUGGAAUGAUCAAGAGCAAAUAUUUCAUUUACAACCAUUUUUGUUUUGACAUUUUUUAUAAUAAAGAUCGUGUUAUUGAGAUUCUCAUUCAAGUAGAUCCCAGUUAUGUAGUUGAUAUAACAGAGGACAAGGAAGUUGAGGUGGAUUUCACAUACUCAGUUAAGUGGAUACCAACACAACAGCCAUUCAAUGAGAGAAUGCAGAGGUACACAGUUUCUUCUUAUUCGGAUUUUGUGUCAGAUGUAACCGAAGACAAUAUGACAUUUGAUAAGGUCCAUGGUUACUCGAUUGUAAAUUCAAGUUUUACAAUCUUCAUUCUGAUAAUUGGCAUACUGAUCUUUUACAAACGAGUGAUUCAUAAAGACAUUUCCAGAUAUAGAUGUGAUGUUGAAGUGGCGGAAAUGGCCGACUGUAACCAAGAAGAAGCUGGAUGGAAGAACAUUCAUGGUGAUGUGUUUAGAUUCCCAAGACAUAAGUCAUUGUUGGCUGCAGCUCUUGGUUCUGGAUCGCAAUUACUUGUACUCAUGGUGGUGAUUCUUAUUAUGGGAAUUAUGGGUGUUUUCCAGCCAUAUCAUCAAGGAGUUUUCUUGAAUUCACUUGCCCUCGUUUAUGCUGUAACAUCUGUGGUCUCAGGAUAUACAUCAGUUUCUUUUUAUCACAAACUAGAAGGGACCAACUGGAUGAAGAACAUAUUGUGGACAGGAGGAUUAUAUUUUGGGCCUCUCUUUCUUACAUUUGCCUUCAAUAAUAUAGUUGUGGUUGUUAAUGGAUCAACUUCUGUGCUUCCACUAGGUGAAUUAAUAAUGUUAUCUCUUUUGUGGAUAUAA